UUGUUAUGACUGGGAUGAUUGUUGUGUGCUUCGGGUUCGUUUGCAAUUAAAAAGGAAAAAUCAUUUUUAAAAUUAAUGCUCUGACCACCUUCAACGCGCUUGAUUAACAAGUCAUGCUUCGGACCGUGGGCGGAAUUAUUUUGCCCGCCGCAUUGCGCCUGACCGGCAGCCAAAUUCCACGGAGCUGCAUUCGCCAUGUUCAAGCGCAUAGGCAACUGUUCACAGGCAGGGGCUGGCUUGCGCGGUUUGGAGGCAAGAGCAAGCCUGUAGUGAACCCAGAACAGGGCGAUGUCACCUGGAGCAAGUUUGUACAUGCCAGCAUCUUCACCGUCGUGGGGUCCGGCGCCAUCCUGGCCGGCUGCGUCAUCUGGGAGUACGAGGGCGUGCGGGCCAUGAUGCGUCGCUCCAUGGACCGCGGCUUGCUGUGGGGCCGCAGGCAGGCGGAGCACGGCUUCAAGCGGCCCGAGUGGCGGAACCAACUGCACAGCUGGUGGGCGUCGCAAACCGACGGUCAGAAGCUCUUCUGGCCCUUGUGCCUGCUCAACGUGGUCGUGUUCCUGGCGUGGAAGGUGCCCGCCUUCUCGCCCACAAUGCUGCGUUACUUCGCCUCCACCCCUGCCUCGCCCUGGUUCCGGCUGCCCAUGCUGCUGUCCGGCUUCAGUCAUUACUCCUUCACGCACCUGGCUGUCAACAUGUUUGUGUUGCACAGUUUCUCCACCGGUGCCGUGGCGAUGCUGGGCAAGGAGCAGUUCCUCGGACUGUACCUCAGCGGCGCGCUGGUCUCCUCGUUAGGCAGCUACCUCUACAAGAUGUUCGUCUUCACGCCGGCCGUCUCCAUGGGGGCGUCGGGCGCCAUCAUGGCCGUGCUGGGGUUCGUCUGCACCGAGUCACCCGACUCCAGGCUGGCCAUCAUCUUCUUGCCGAUGUUCACCUUCACGGCCGGCACGGCCAUCAAAGCGGUGAUGGCGUUCGACACGCUCGGCGCCGUCCUCCGCUGGAACUUCUUCGACCACGCCGCCCACCUGGGUGGCGCCCUCUUCGGCGUGUACUGGUCGCUGUACGGCCGGCAACAGGUGUGGGAGCGGCGUGAGCCCGUCAUACGCUGGUACCACAACCUGCGCGAGGCCACCCGACGGCCGUGAUCGCCGUCGCCGGUCCGUCGUCCUCGUCCGCCAGCGGCGUCCGGGCGUCCCCGGUCGCGUCACGUGUGUGGCGGAGCCUCGACACGGACAGCGCGCGCGGCCGGAGCCGGUGCGCCGCCGCCGGCCGAGCCUGCAGCGGCGCCCGCUCACGAGCGGCCCGCCGCCGCCGUUUGCCAGCUGUGCCGCUGUCGAGGUCGGGCAGCUCCCAGUGGUCGGCACGCGUCUAGCGAUGCUGCGUCCCUCGAGGCCCGCUGGUGCCGCUGGUGCCGUCGGCGCUCCGCCGUCUCCUGUUGUGCCACGUGUCUGGUGACGAGCCGAGCGUUCGGAUGAGCGCUGUGAAGCCGCGGCGCCAGCGCCGGCGCGCUCGUGCCUGGCGCCCAGCCGCCGGCUUCAUCCUGACGGGAGCAGUCACUCGCGUGUCGAGUUUAGGGCGGUGAUUACGGCAGAGUUACGUAGUCUAUAGCUGAAACGUUUGUUCUGGUUUUGAUAAAGGCAUACAGUU